AUGCGCCUCUUCACAAAGGUCUUUCUGUGUCUUCUGGUCAUUGGUCUGGCCAAACUCAACGCCUACACCAAAUCGUCACAAGUCACACCAGCCGAGUCGCACGUGCUCAAGACCAUCACCUACGGCGUCGGGGCCGGCCUCCUCGUCAACACCGUUUGCGGCAUCGCGGCCCCCAGCCUGGACCCGGACAUCCCGGCGUCCGAGAGCUUCAUGAGCUGCUCGCCUUUCGGCUUUGCCGGCUCCCUCAUUGUCGCCAGAGUCUAUGUAUUUACGACUGGCGGUUGGGGCUUUGAGCAGUGGUGGUACGUGAACCAGCUGCCCCGGGUCGCAGAGAAUGGUCUGCGUGACGCGCUCGGGUUCGCGCAGAGACCGCUGCCGAGCAAACCGGUGUUUCCGACCAAGCCGGGGGAGUUUACAGAGCGAGCCGAGUUAUAG